GAAAUCCAUGACCAUGAAGAGAGCCCAUUUAUUUGUAACACACUUUCUUCUACUAUUAUUACUCUUCAUGGCUACCCGCUUUUCUCUCUCCCGUUCAAUACAAUUUCAGCCCAUAUGCUUGCCUCGUCCAUCUCCCUCUUCCUAUCUUUCUUCACGCAUUUCCCCUCACCAUCUUCGUAAAUCCCGCCAUCACUGUCCGCUCUGGUCUUCUUCUUUCUCCUUCUGCCUAAAUCUUCACGUCACUCGCACAUCUCGCCUCCGAAAUUCCACUUUCAUUGCUCCUCCCACUUGUUUAUCGACAAUGUCCACGUCUGUUUCCGAACAGAUCAAUCCUUUGUUGAAAGAUUUCGAUUUCCCGCCCUACGAUUCCAUACAAGCCGACCACGUUCGUCCCGGAAUUCAGGCGUUGUUGAAGGAACUUGAAAAUGAAUUAGAUGAACUGGAGAGGAAUGUGGAACCGUCAUGGAAUAAGCUUGUGGUGCCACUGGAGAAGAUUUUUGAUCGACUCGCUGUUGUAUGGGGAGCGAUUAACCAUCUAAAGGCGGUAAAAGACACCCCUGAACUCCGUUCUGCCAUUGAAGAAGUCCAGCCAGAAAAAGUCAAAUUUGUACUUAGGCUGGGGCAAAGCAAACCUAUUUUUAAGGCAUUCCAAAGUAUUAGAGAAUCUUCAGAUUGGGAUACGUUAAGUGAUGCUCGCAAACGUGUAGUCGAAGCUCAAAUAAAGGAUGCAGUUCUAAGCGGUGUUUCUCUUGAAGAUGAUAAAAGAGAGGAGUUUAACAAAAUUGAACAGGAGUUAUCAAAGCUGUCGCGAAAAUUUGGGGAAAAUGUUUUGGAUGCUACGAAGAAGUUUGAAAAAGUAAUAACUGAUAAGAAGGAGAUUGUAGGGUUGCCAGCUACAGCGCUUGGAUUGGCUGCACAAACUGCAGUGUCAAAGGGGCAUGAAAAUGCUACACCUGAAGAUGGACCUUGGGUGAUAACACUGGAUGCUCCCAGUUAUAUAUCUGUUAUGCAGAAUGCUCAAAAUAGAGCCUUGCGGGAGGAAGUUUACCGAUCUUAUAUCACUCGUGCUUCUAGUGGAGAUCUAGACAAUACAGCAAUUAUUGAUGAAAUUCUGAAGCUUAGAUCUCAAAAGGCUAAGAUUCUCGGUUACAAUAAUUAUGCUGAGGUAAGCAUGGACACCAAAAUGGCAACUGUGGAGACAGCACUAGAAUUAAUAGAACAACUCCGUUCUUCUUCUUGGGAUGCUGCAGUUAAAGACAUGGAAGACCUCAGAUUAUUCUGCAAAGAUCAAGGUGCUCCUGAAGCUGAUGACUUGAAUAAUUGGGAUCUCACCUUCUGGAGUGAGAGACUUCGUGAAUCAAAAUAUGAAAUAAAUGAGGAAGAAUUACGGCCCUAUUUCUCAUUACCCAAAGUUAUGGAUGGGUUGUUUAACCUAGCAAAGACCCUAUUUGGGAUUAAUAUUGAGCCAGCCGAUGGUUUAGCCCCAGUCUGGGACAAGGAUGUCAAUUUCUACUGCGUCAAAGAUUCCUCAGGCAGCCCUGUGGCGUACUUCUAUUUUGAUCCAUAUUCUCGCCCAUCUGAAAAACGUGGAGGAGCAUGGAUGAAUGAGGUUUUUGCUCGAAGUCUCGUAUUAUCUCGUGAUGGUGUCACUCCCAGGCUUCCUGUUGCCCACAUUGUGUGCAAUCAAAUGCCACCAGUUGGGGACAAACCGAGCUUGAUGACGUUUCGUGAGGUCGAGACCGUCUUCCAUGAAUUUGGUCAUGCACUCCAGCAUAUGCUAACUAAGCAAGAUGAAGGCCUAGUUGCAGGAAUUAGAGGAAUAGAAUGGGAUGCUGUUGAAUUGCCAUCGCAGUUCAUGGAAAAUUGGUGUUACCACAGGGAUACGCUGAUGGGUAUAGCAAAGCACUAUGAAACUGGGGAGACACUUCCUGAUGACAUAUAUUUGAAGCUUCUUGCUGCACGAACAUAUCGUGCAGGGUCCUUCAGUCUUCGUCAGCUACGAUUUGCAAGUGUUGACCUGGAGUUGCAUUCGAAGUAUGUUCCUGGUGGAUCAGAAACAAUAUAUGAUGUUGACCAAAGAGUUAGCAAGAAAACACAGAUUAUUCCUCCAUUGCCUGAGGAUAAGUUUCUUAGCAGUUUUAGCCACAUAUUUGCAGGUGGAUAUGCUGCUGGAUACUAUAGCUACAAGUGGGCUGAGGUGUUGUCUGCUGACGCUUUCUCAGCAUUUGAGGAUGCUGGACUAGAUGACGAGAAGGCUGUCAAAGAAACUGGGAACAAAUUCCGUGAAACAAUACUUGCUCUUGGAGGUGGGAAGGCGCCAUUGCAGGUUUUUGUGGAUUUCCGAGGUCGUGAGCCAAGUCCAGAGGCACUGCUUAGGCACAAUGGUCUACUGAUAGCUUCUUCCUAAACAUGAAUGUUUGGUUUCACCUUGGCUUACCAGAUUUCAAUUUGUGCUUGAGAGCCUAUUAUGAAAUCAAGGUAAUGUAGCAUAAUUGUUUCUUCUAUUUAAACUUAAUGGGGGGAAAUUUCUGUAGUAAAACUGUGAUUUUAAAAGUUAAUUAUAUUUAGCAAAUUGAUCCAUCUUGCUCUUAUUUGUUUUCUCAAUAAUUUAAAAGAAGUUUGGAAAAAGACAAUGGGCCAAUGUUAUUAUUCAUUGUUUGGUUGCCAGUAGGCAUAUAAGAUCAUGAAGAUCUCACUUUUUGGCACUU